AUGGUGCCGAAUUUGGAUUUGGAAACAGCUAUACAGAUAAUCUCCUCACUGGAGACCCAGUUGAGCGAGCUUGAAGGCGCCACGAAAGAAUAUGAAAAUGAUUUGGAACAAGUAAUAUCAAAGUUAAAAAGCGAUCUUCUUGAGAGCCAACAACAAAAUAAGUGCAAUAAGAAACAGAUAACAGAUUUAGAGAUACAGGUAGAUGAGUUGGAAAAUGAAAAUAUCCAACUGAGGAAUAAGAUAGAGACAUUACAAUUGGAGAGUGACCGACGACUGGAACGCAACGUUCUACUGGAACACGAGUUACUCGACACCAAAGAGGCGCUGCAAAAGUUAAGAGUCAGCAAAGAAGAAGCCACUAGCGGUGAGACUAGAAGGAACACCAGGUCGUUACCCAGUCAAAAUAAAAAAAUGAAGUUGUUUAAGGAUACUAUCAAAGUCUCGACCACAUCUUCAACCUUGUACUUGCAGAACAUGGCAAAAACUAACAACGCUGCAAGAAGUCACUGUAAUAUUCCAAAUACCCAAAUAACACAAUCCACUGUGAUAGCAACAACGUCUUCCGUUUAA